AUGGUGAGGAAGCACCGCAGCCAGCUGGGACCCCCGGUCCCGAGCCCUCGAACCUCAACAGGUUUCUCUUUCCCCAGAAUCCUCUUGGCUCCUUUGCCUAUCGGGUCCAGCCUUAGCCGCAGAAGUAGCUUCUACUCUGAGACUUGGGAAGGAACUUCAAGGUCAGUUUCUUCUUUGAGAAGAAAAAGGCCAUUACCUGAAAAUCUUCCUCCAAGGAACAAUAUUAGCACAGAGAACAUUUCUUUGGUGGGGAAGAUGAAGACAGUUCGAAGUGGAAAAGUCUACAGGCAGAUCUUUGAUGAUGAGGUCCAGCUUGUCCGUUCCUUGGCAAACAGUCGAAAAAAGGCAGUAGAACAUCCCGGAUCUUUGAAGAGUGGAAAGAUCCCUCUAAUAAGGAACUCUGAAACACCAAUAGGUCAUCUCUUAUCUCCUCGUCAAAGAAUGUGGGCUCAGGCUCUGCCUAAUGAUAAAUCUGUAGAAAACCCUGUUUUGUACAGGGAAAUCCAAAUAGCUACCAUGGAAAAGACUCGGGAAACUGAAAAUAUGAUUGCAGCCCGAGAAGUAAGAGGCUUAAGUGACUAUAUUGUUCCUGAGAAGACUAAUAGUGACAUCAUUCAGCGUUUGGAUAAUCGAAGAAGACGUGCCCAUGAGGCCAACUUGAGAAACCUACAGAAAGAAAUAUCACAGAUUGGAAUGGAGAUGGAAGCUCUUAUCAUGGUGCCUGGAGAGGAGCUUUUGAAAAAACUGUCAGAGAAUGAUGGAAAUAUUGACUUUCUCUUCAAAGAAAUUGAAGGUGAUAUAGGAUUGGAAAUUUUCCAAUUUCAGAAUUUGUGGGAACUAUGGGAGAAGUUAAACAAGAAACUCUUAAACAGAAGAAAAUGGAUCAAAGACUUUGAUACAGCACUGAGAAAACUGGAAGCCCUCAGAGCUGAGAAAUUAGGGAAAGUACUGAAGAAAUACACGGGAAUUUUAAAAGAUAAUGCCUACCUCCUCUCCCCUGAUGUAGAGAGGCUGAUUCAUAAAGAAGCUAUGAUCAUAAACCAAGCCCUACUGGGAAACCAAAGAGCUAUUGCUAAACUGUACAUUAAUCUAAUGGAAUCCAACCUAAAGCAGGAAAUCAGUAACUACCACAGGUGGCAAGAUCUGCUGAAAUUCUGGAAGAACAUGAAGAAGGAAUCAAUGAUUCGGAAUUUCAGGGAAUUCAUGGAGAGUGAGAAGAUCCAACAUCCUCCAUCUGUAAAGCUAGAGAUGGAACACAUGAUAAGGCAGCUGGAAAGAUUAAACCAGGAGAGAAUCAGAAUUCUCAACUCAAUUAGUACUAUUCUGCCUCCUGUCUACACAAGAGAUAGAUUGGAUCAAUGGUAUGCUUCUCUUCUGUCUUUGAGUAAAGAUUUAGAUUACUGCAUCGCAGAGGGCAUGAUGAAGAUUCGCCUUCGUAAUGAAGAGAUCUGGCAGGAGUGUCUGGACUUUGUAGAGCAGUGCAAGAAGCAACUGCUGGAGUGGAAAGUUUUCUCCCUGGAAGAAAUAGAACAUUCCAUGAGUCAUUCCUUCUUUCAGAUAAUAGGAAACCUCCAGAAUCAAGUGGAAAAUGAACUGGAAACAAUGAAUAAAGCCCUUGAGGAGGCAGCUAAACAGGGAGAGGUAGAGAGCCAACAUCUAUUCGCGUAUUUACAGACAACUCUUCGCCUUUGGGAGGUCCAUCGGAACCACCUGACCCAGGAGGAGAUAAAAUUUGAGAAGAAAGUAGAGCAGUAUCGUCAUAAACACAACUACGAGACUGAGUUAAAGGAAGCAUGCCUAGAUAUUGUUCUGGAUCAGAUGAGACAACAAAACAGUGAGGAUGUUUUGAAGCGUCACAUGGAUAAGGUUUACUUUCUGCUCUAUGACAUUAAAAAAAGGUAUGAAAAUUUUCAUGAUGACCUCAUAAAUGAAGUAAAAGGCUAUCCAUUUUCUAUACUGAAAGUGUUGCAGGAAUACAGCAUUUCUAUCAGUCGAUAUUUUAAUGUUAGAGAAAUCUAUGAACAGAACAUUGAUGGUGAGGUGAUAAUAAAGUUUAGAGAUCCAGAUGAGAUUCUAGAAAAGAGUCCCUCAUAUCUGAAAGAUAUCAUUAAAAAAGUCUUGAAGCUUGAAAAGGAAAGCAAGAUGUCUCCUUCUGAGAGUGGUGAGAUGACAUCCAUCAGCAAAAGUAAAAGUAAUGUCAACUUCUCGGCAGAAGCAGCAGAGGAAAUCCGAGAGCACUCAGUUUUGGAAGGGGAGGAGGAUACCAAGAACUUAAAAGAAAGUGUCAUAGCGGAUAGUGAAAAGGCACAGACCUCCAAAGGGAACCUUCCCCAGGAACCCAAAGAACCGGAGAGUACAGGAGAAAGCUCUGCAGACACUAGCGAAUACCUAGAAGACUGGACAGAGAACCAGAUGCAGGAAAGCUUUGGAGUUCUGUCCUCCUACGAGAUUCAACCUGAGAAUAUAUCAGAGGAGGAGAGUAUAAUUGAAAGCUCUGAUGAAGAGUUGGAGUCCUUCAUAACUUCCAGUGGGAACAAGUAUUUGGUCUUUUCACUUCCUGAAGAAGCUGAAAAUAAAGUGCUCCAUACUACCUUAUCUGAUGAGUCACCAGAAGAUGCUCCUCUCAAUACUGCCACAUGCCUAGAACAUGUGAUUUUACCACCCCAACUGUUUUCAAGACUAAAAAAACAAAUCCGCUAUGACUUUUUUGAAUGCCUUGAGAAGUGGUUUGGCCAAUCCUUGACCAAUUCCAAGAUCCUUGUCGCUGCAAAGACUGAAGAGCUGGAUUCAGAGCUGGAGCUGCGUCUCCACUUACAUAAACCAAGGAUGAAACGCAUAAAGACAGACAUCCACAAUGUCAGAGCAGCUGAGUUAUUGUUUCACCAAGAACGUCUCGAUCGUCACUGUGCCAGCAUCUUGGAAACACUGAAGAGAGAGAGGAUACUGUUCUAUAAAUUCAAUGAAGAACAAAACACCAAGAGCAAAAACUUCCGGAACUGGAUGGCUGGCAUAGAGCAAGCCUUCCUCAACUCCACCACAAGUCGGAACCUGACUCUAUUCAGCUCCAAUCUGCACAGAGAGCUACUCUCUUACGUGGAUGUCAUGCAGGUGUCCCUCCGUGGUUUCCGACAAUAUCUAGAAGAAAACAUGGAGAAACUCCGACUUGCAAAUAUGGAUUUUCUUAAAAAAUGCAGAUUGUUUUCAGAGGGAGGGAACUUCUCCCCUGAUGAAUUGACUUCAUUUUGUAGUCGACUAGAAAAGGAAUCCUUACGGAUUGAAUUUGUUGAGACUUUUAUCAUGAUGAAAAUGGAGAAAAUGGAGAAUGAAUACAUAGAGCAGGCAAAUGAGAUCAUCAACAAAUUUGAAAGUAAAUUCCACAACCUAUCAGUGGAUCUCAUUUUUGUAGAGAAAAUCCAGCGAUUCUUGACAAAUCUGCAAGUGAAUAUCAAGGCAGAGGUGUCCAAAUCUAAUUUUCAAACUGAGAUGCUCAAUAACGCUCUGCAAGAACUUCGCCACAAGAUACGUAUUUGUGGUCAAGAAUUUGUGGACCAAAAAACUGUGAAUGCAGAAGACUUAUACAACUUUUCCAGACAGGUGGUGGAAAAACUAACCCAAAGGAUUCAGUAUCUCAAUUGCCAUUUGGAUAACCAGGGAUCUGGAGCAAGCACAGAAAAGGAGAGUGUUCUCUUUUUAUCUGUAGAACUGUCUGACGAGGAAAACAAGUUAGAAGUGGUUAAAGAUAUGCUUUUUCAGCCCAGCCGGAUGGGAAAAUCAAUGCUUGAUGAUGUGGCUGUGGAAGUGAUAAAAAACAUCCUUCAACUCCCAGAGCAAAAGCGUGAUCGAGAGCAUGGUACCAAGGGUAAAGGGAAACGUCCAAGAAGACGGACUGAGAGCAUCAUCACAACACUAAAGAAGGUUACAUCAGUGGCCAGUAAUGUCUCACAGGGGAGUGUCCUACGAUACUCCCGGCCAAACCGACUAGACAAGAAGUAUCAGGUGUUUGGGGAAAAGCCUGAACGUGCCGAGCAUUUUAAAAGUAUCAUCCACUUACUUCUCUGGGAGAGCAAUGACACUUUGCUUUCAAUAUCAGAGGAUUUUUACCGUAGAGAGAAACAUGCUGUCACCAGGCCUGAUUACAUGCAGGAUACCUUUGACCAAUGUGCUGACGUAUUUGGGAAGAAGCUCUUGGACUAUGAGAACCAGACAGAGGAAUACCACAAUUCCUGUCUCAUAGAGUUACGGGAACAGCUAAAGGAACUCGAGGACCAGCUGCCUCAUAUUGCUCAUCUUGUCAUGGAAAACUUUCUGCACCGACACUGGGACAGCCUUCAGUCCAGCAAAGUCGAGAUCCAGGGACACUUCAAAGAACAACUCGAUGGGUGGAUAAAAAUAAGGGAUAAAAAUAACCAACAGUUACAUCCAGACCUUGGGCACCCAAAUAAUUCCAAAAUUAUGGAUUCUCUGUGCCAAAGGGAAGAGAAGAGGCAGAAAGACCAAGAUGCUGGGAUUUUGGCCACUUCAGAUAAACUAGAGGAAUGUGCCAAGAAAUGUGCCCGGAAAUUUGUAAACUCCUUGACCCUCUUGACUGAGAAAUUCCUUCAGCAGCUGGAUGAAAUCCCAACAGUUGAUGAUGUCCAACCAGCAAAAACGGAUCCAGUCAGGCAAAAGGCAUCCGUCUUAAUGCGUCGGAAAAUUGCUGGGCUUCCCUUGGAAGAAGAAAGAGAAAAGCCCCAAGGAGAACGAGGGAACAAGAAGUGGCCAGGAAUCGCCCCUACACCAUUCACCAUCAACAACAAAAUUCACAUCAGAGCAACACCUCCGAUAAUAACCAUCAAAAACACUCUGGGCCACCAGGCAGUGGUGGAAGCUAGGGAUGCUGUCUAUUUGAAGUAUCUGGAGGAACUACAGUUGGAUCUGGACAAGAUUAAGGAAGAAAAGGAUAUGCAGCUAAACAAAGCUGAGCAGUGGAAGGGCUGGUGGAGCCGUUCAGUGAAAACGAUUAAGAGCUUGUAUCCAUAA